AAAUGAGAACAUUUCCCACAUCAGUAUAUCCUUUCAUUAUUAAUAAUUGCAUUGCUUCUAAUAUUAUAAAGCAGUUAUGAGUAUUAAUAUUUAGCAGUUUAUCACAUAGUUUUGAAAUUAGUUUUGUUUAUGAUUGGUCUUAUUUGUUGUGCAUGAUCAAAGCUUAUAUAUGAAUCCAUUGCAUUUGACUCUAAAAGGUCAUGUCUGCAGAUUUUGGAGGCUUGCAGUCUUGUGUGGUAUGUAUGUAUGUGUGUUUUUUAACUUUUGCUUUGCAGAGACACCUGGGGAGAAAAACAGGAUGUCGGGGCGACAGGGUGAACUAAAGGUCAAUGUUGUUUAUAGCAGCAUGAACUUCUAAGACAGAAGUAAAACUUUCCAUCGAACGGGCCCCCACCCAACUACACAUAUAUAUUUUUGGGGUCAGAGGGAAAGGCAGAUCAGAUCAACCGCUCCUCGGGGGACCUGUUUCUGCAUUGGUGUUGUGUAAAGAUAGGGACAGUUUUGACCCAGAGCUCUGUAAUACUUCAUUUGAGAUACUUAUUAAAAAUAAUUUGAUUUGAGUUACGUGUCUAUUCUCCUCAUUCAAAGAACAUGCAGGACAUUUAAAGUCCAACAAUUGGUGACCCCGUCGACGUGAUGAGGAGAAUCCGACAUCAUUGAUUUUUCUUCUCGACAUUCCACUUGCGCAAAAUAGGAAAGGUAAGCAGAUACCUGUUAUAUCAAAAUUCUGCUUUAUUUAAAUGUCGUGAAGAAUAAUUAAUGAUACAAUGAUUAUUGUCAUUUUUAUCUAAAUUGCAUAUCUCAAAUGAACUAUUAAAUGUGUCAAUAAAAUAAAAAGGGAAUUAACAGUAAUAAAAUUAAAAUAAAACAAAAUAAAAUAAAAAUAGUAAAAGAAAAGAAAAUAUAAAAAGGGGGCUCGACGUUGGCAACGCUGGCCCCGACGGGGGCCUAAAUUUCUGGGUUUCCACUCCCGAAGACGUAGCUCAUCUUCAAAAGGGCAGGGUGCAGACCCGGAGCGUGGUCAAGGACCACGGGCGGAUUAGCCGCGGAUGAUACAGAGCGGUUGGACCGCGGUAAAUAGAGAUUGAAGUGGGUUUCAUACCCGAGAAAGUGGUCAGGGACCACGGGCAACGCAGCGGUCGGACCGCAUAAGAGAAACUGAAAGUAAUAAGAAAACCACGAAGUAGUUGAAAAUACGAAGAGAAUAUCGAUAUAUGAAAAAGUUGUGCUAAAGAAUAGGAAUUUGAAACGUACUGAAGACUAUACACCAUGGGUCCUUAUUUGUAAAUGUGCUAUCUGCUUGCUACCGGUAUAUUAUCAGCUUUACUGUGAGUAUAUUUUAAUUCAACUUCUUCUUUGGAUAAUAUUUUUAUUGAUUUUUGCUGCCAGUGAAAUUGCAGUUCAGUGUUAUAUUUUUAUGAAACAUUUUUAUUAUUAUUCGGUUUCACUAUUAGAACAUUUUAAUUCAAUUUUCCUAAUUCAGUUCUACUAUCAGUAAAAAUGUUACUUAAUUUUCUUACUUAAGUUCUAAUUUAAGUUCCUAUUUUUACGUUUUACAGUUUACUGUGAUUCAGAUUUAUGAUCAGUAAAUUUCAAUUCAGUUUUUUUUUUUUGAGUAUUAUCUAGUUUUAUUAUCAGUAAAAUUAUAAUUUUUAUGUGUUCAAUUAUUAAUCGUUUUAUUGUAAGUGAAGUUGGAAUAAAAUUUCUAGUUUUAAAAGUCGUCGGAUUCCGUCUUUAGAAAAUUUAUUGUGGUUGCAAUUUACUGUCAGCAAAUUUUAACUCAAUUUGUAGAAAAGCAUAUUUUAUAUCCUGUGUAUAUUAUAUUUUACUAUUGUGUGUAUUUGGGGGAUUUUGUUUAGUAUCAUUUCAUUUACACGGUACAAGUGUAGACGGAUCCAGUUUUUAUUUUUGUUUUAUUAGUGUGAAUGUGUGAUUCUCCGGAGUUGUCUAGUGUUAUUUCAUGUUUAAAGGAGUAGACGUUUCUGCAGUAUAUUUUAUGUUUAUUGUAUUUUGGUGUGGAUGUCCAUUUUCUUAUUUCAUUCCGGGGUGUUACUCGGGAAGAAAGAGUGGUUUAUUUGUAGUUGAUUUUAAAAUAAAUUGAAAUUGAGAAUUGAUUUCUGUGAGUUUAUUAUCAGAAGAGAUUGUUUCAUAUUUAACAGAUUCUAAAAUAAGGAAGAGGAAACUGUGAACUUCUCAGCUCGUAGCGUAAUUUAGUUUCACUUUAGAAGUUGUGCUCUUAUUCUGUUGUCUGUCCGCUACGGGGCUGUAGUUUUACUUUCAUUUUGGAAAAAUAAAAUUGAAGUAGUUAUAUAUUAUAGAGUAUCCGUGGUAAAAAGGCGUGCGGAAGAUAGAUAAACCCAGUCCGAGAUAGACAAGAGACAUAAAGUAUUGAAGUGUAAGAGAUUAAAACGGUUACUUAUAUCUAAUAGUUUUGAUUGCAGUAUUGGGACAGGGCUUAAUAAAACUAAACCGAACCUGUUUAAAACUCAGCCGUGGUUAUCAUACAAGUAUACGGUGCAUGUGAAUUGAUUGAGACGCCUAGUGGAUAAAUUGUUUCGAGCUCUAAUAAGAAUAUUGUAACUUUCAGAAAGACGGUAGAGAAUUAGUGAGAUCAGUAAGAGAGGAGUGCUGGUUGUUUUAUGGAAAUUGCCAUUUGAACGAGUGACAAGAAAUAAAUAUUAUUGAUGUGAAUAUUAUUUUCAAUUUUAACAAGUGUUGAAUGUCAUUACAUUUUUAUCCUGACGAAGUUUAUUGGUAGUUUCUAAUUUUAACAAGUAGUAAAAUAUUAUUGUAUUCUUUAUUUUUGAGAGAUUCUACUUUUGACUUUAACCAGUAUUACAUAAUAUUACAUUUCUAAUUUGGAUAAAUUCUAUUUUUAACUAAAAAAGAGUAUUACAUAUUAUUACAUUUUAAUUUUGACAAAUUUUGUUUUAAUUUUAACAAGACUUAAAUAUCAUUACAUUUCUUGUGAGCUUUGACCGAUUUUAAAUUUCAAAUUGGACAGGUAUUAUGCAAUGAAUGUAGUUUGAAUUUUGACAAAGAAUUACAUACUACCAGAUUGAAUUACUUUUAAGUUUUGACAACGCCUUUGAAUCCUCUUUGAAUCAUCAUCGAACAGGAGUUGAAUAUUCUUACAUUUUCAUUACAAUAAAGAAGUAACAGUACUGAAUUUUAUUGUCUGGCAAGUAUUUUAUUAUUAAGGUGAACUUUAAUUUCGAUAAAGAGGUGAUUAUUAUUCAUUUGACUAAAGAAAAAACACAGAAAAUAAUUUUGUGAGAAUUUGUGUGUAUUUACAGAAGGGCUGGUGUCGAAUAACAUUGAAAGGAAGAAUAAACGAGAUAUUCAGGGUAAGAAAAUUGUAGUGGAAGAUAAAAUGAAGACUCUUAAAGAACAAUGGGAGGCAGCAGUAGAACAGUUAGUGAGCGGUUUACCAGAAAAAGCAAGGCUCAAGAAAAUUAAGAAAUUGCAGGAAAUGUAUGAAGAGUGGAAACAACUUAAAGGUUACGAGGAUAGAACAAAAAUUAGUUUGAAAGAACACGUAAUAGCACAAGAAAGUGAGGCACACAGGAAGUUUCAGAGAGAGGAUAAAAAGGAAGUGGGGUUUCUCGCUAGAAAGAAGCAUGAAAAGGAAGUGAAGAGACUACGUGAGGAGUUUCACUUGUGGCAUAGUAUGGCAGUAAGUUGUGUGGCUUUGGUACAGCUGGAGAAAGAGACAGAAAAGAAAGUGGAACUAAAAAAGAGUGACGUUAAAGAGAAGGAAACAAACAAAAUUCAAGAAGGGAGGGAGAUAGCAUCCAUUUAUCCAGUACUGCCACCCACUGCUCCACCUCCAUAUGCCCCACCCCACACACAGUUACCGGUACUUGAAGUACAAAAGGGUGUGUUGGACAUGGAGCAGAGGGAGGGAAAUCGCUGGAAAAUAAAAUCAGGUAAAUUAGAUUUAAUAACAGAAAAAGAGAUGGAGGAGAGAGAGAUAGCAAGAGAAACAGCUGAAUUAAUGAGAACACAUAGAGAGCAAGCUGCACAGGCAGAACAGGUGAAAGCAACACUGGAGAAAGAAAUAAGGCAACAAUGGAACAGCGUAGCACAGGAAAGGGCAUUUCAGCCCAGAGCACAAAGCACCCCAGGAGAAACAUUGAGCAGCAGAUUUAUAACAGUGGAUGAGACUGGGAGUCAGAUAGAGGUUGAAAAUCAGGGAACAUAUCCAAUGGAAAUCAGAGGAGAAAUGAGGAUGGGUAAGAAGAUGAGAGAGGAGAGCAAAUAUAACUCUAGUAUAAAGACACCAAAGAAAGAGCAGGAAAGAGAAGAACAGGAAUAUAGGGAACUAGGUCUCAUUUGA